AACCCAUUGACCCCAACUCGUCGCAAGUUACAAGGUUACAGGCCGAUAACCUCAAGCUGUCUUUUUUUUUUUUGGGACAACAUAUCAUAUCCAUAUCACAUAUCGAAUUGAUAUCUGUUCAGAACUCCCUCUACCGUCGCGAUGCCAAUCUGUUUCCCGUAGUCCAUCCUACCCGAAUUAUCUUCAAUCUUAUUUCCAUGUUCGUUCCCGUACCUUGCGCCGGGGAAAAUGGGUUCCAAUGCGACGAGUUACAAGCAGAUGAAGGAGGAUUUCGUGUCCAACUUAACAGGAGGUUCGGUCACCGAGAUCAAUAACGUAGUCACCGUAGGACCUAUUGCCUUCGCCCUGUGGUCUAUUUUACAGUCGCGCCAGUCCUUUUUCAAACCGUAUAAACCCCUAUGCUUCCUAGUUGAUUUCCUCCUUAACGUAGUAGCUGUGUUGCUUGCAAUCACGCUCUAUGCGAAUUCGACUUUUUUGCUUUGGGGUUUGAUCCUCGUUCCCGCCAUAUUCGUCUACGCGCUCCCACCGAAUCCCGCCGUCUCGAAAAAAAAGCCCAAGCUCCCUCCUAAUGCGCAAACCCAAAAAUCCGCCGGCGCGCUCGGCGUCCUAUCUACCAAGCCCUUCUUGACAACCUAUCGAGGGUCCAUGUUGGUCACUACGUGCUUGGCGAUACUGGCGGUAGACUUUAGGUUGUUCCCUCGUAGAUUUGCGAAGGUCGAGACCUGGGGCACCUCGCUGAUGGACGUGGGCGUCGGUUCCUUCGUCUACUCCGCCGGCAUAGUCGCCGCGCGCCCAGUUCUAAAAGAGAGAGCCGAGGGCCGAACGACACCAUUGCUGCAGAGGCUCAUCUACUCUAUGCGGCACUCGCUUCCUUUGCUAGUUCUUGGAAUCGCCCGCCUUAUAAGCGUCAAAGGUCUCGACUACGCGGAGCACGUGACUGAAUACGGUGUCCAUUGGAACUUCUUCUUUACCCUGGGGUUUCUUCCUCCUUUCGUCGCUCUUUUCCAGUCGGCGCUGAAGAUUAUCCCAUCUUACGCGGCGCUAGCUAUCAUACUCGGGGUUAUCUACCAAGUUGUGCUUGAAAGCACAGGUUUGAAAGCCUUUAUCCUCGUCGCGCCGCGAACCGGUCUCUUUUCCAUGAACAGAGAGGGUAUCUGCAGCUUUUGCGGAUAUCUUGCCAUCUUCUUAGCCGGCCAGGACACCGGCAUGUUUGUGCUACCCAGGAGCAUUAACCCGCGAAGCGGAACUAGCACCGGCACUCAGCGGACCACCCUUCUCCUGACCAUGGCCGCGUGGACCUCUAUCUGGACGGUUCUGUAUUUCUUCGCCACGGAUUACUCCUACGGUUUGGGAUUAGACGUGUCUCGGCGAUUAGCUAAUCUGCCCUAUAUCCUAUGGAUUGCGGCGUUCAAUUCGGCGCAGUUAUUCGCAUGUUGCGUUAUCGAGACUGUUUUCUUCCCGUCGUUUCAUAACGCUACGGAUAUCAAGACAGAGCACGAGGCGUACGAGACGGCCACGAGUAGGGUUCUACGAUCAUUCAAUAGGAACGGAUUAGCCAUUUUCCUGGCGGCAAAUUUGUUGACGGGAUUGGUUAACAUGACCGUACCUACGUUAGACGUUGGCCCAACCGCCACGAUGGGAAUAUUGGUGGGAUACGGCGCCGUAUUAACGGUGCUUGCGGUCGCGUUGGAUACAUGGGCUAUAUCCAUUAAGCUGUGAGUUAGGAGUAUAUCAAUCAACGAAUCCCCUGAAGAACUAUCCGUAUUAGAGCUCAGUGUGUUGACCGUGUUCCAUGCUGCACGGUAUCUUCAAGACAUCUCCGUAUCGUAGCUCUACGCAGAUGAAUCUUCGGCUAUAUUGUCAUUUCUACCUUAGGUCCAUCUACCUACCUAGGUAGGUUGUUCUUGGACACUGUCGAUGCCUAUACUAUCAUGUAGCACGGAAGCGAACAAUUGAUUUGUUACACAAAGGAGGUGAGUCAACGAGGACUUAGUUUGCAAUAAUGAAAGGUCGUUAAAGAGACCAUAUAU